CAUCUAGUACUCUCGCGCUGAGAGGGCGGGCUCAUUCCCCUUUAAGCCGCUAGGCACAGGUUGUAUUCGCCGGUAAGACUAACUGAAGUUGCAUACGGACGGAUAUACGGUCAGACACAUGAGAGGAACGAGCAACAAAAGGGAAAUAUUGGGAACACGGCUAUGUAUGAGUGGUGAGAUGUCAUCUUUAGAGGAUAUCUUUUCCACUAACCAGUGCCCAGCUGACGUCUUUGCCUCCCAAGGCAUUGAUGUCACCCCGAACGGUGACCGUGGAGUAUGUAAGAUUGUGAAACAGCAUGGUGUGGAAGGGGAAAAGCCGAUGAUUGGGGACAGGGUGUGCGUCCACUACACUGGCAGACUCCUAAAUGGCAAGAAGUUUGACUCCAGUCUAGACCGCAAAGAGCCUUUUGUUUUCAAUGUGGGAAAAGGUCAGGUCAUCAAAGCAUGGGACAUUGUCAUAUGUUCCAUGCAGAAAGGAGAGGUGUGCUUGAUGCUCUGUAAGCCUGAAUAUGCAUACAGUUCAGCAGGCAGCCCCCCAAAAGUUCCUCCAAAUGCCACACUUGUGUUUGAGAUUGAGCUGCUGAGCUUCAGAGGGGAGGAGCUUACAGAAGAUGGUGGGGUCGUGAGGAGAAUAAAGGUCAAAGGCGAAGGCUAUUACAAUCCUAAUGAAGGGGCCACAGUACAUGCACACUUGGAGGGAUGGUGUGGAGGUCGCUUAUUUGAUUCUCGAGAUGUAAGCUUUGUAGUGGGUGAAUCAGAGGACGUGGAUGUUCCUUUAGGAGUGGACAGGGCCAUGGAGAAAAUCCAAAAAGGGGAAUGCUGUUUAUUAUACCUAAAUCCAAAAUACGGUUAUGGCAAAGAGGGUAAAAAAGAAUAUGACAUUGGAUCAAAUGCAGAACUACUAUAUGAAGUAACACUUAAAGACUUUGAAAAGGCCAAAGAAUCCUGGGAAAUGGACCUUAAAGAGAAACUGGAACAUGCGGUUUUAGUCAAACAAAAAGGGACGCAGUAUUUCAAGGCUGGACGGUACAACUUUGCUGUAAUUCAGUAUCAGCGGAUUGUAAACUGGUUAGAGAUGGAGUGUGGUGCAGGAAAAGAGCAGCAACAAGCCAUCCAGGCCCUCCUAUUAGUGGCCCAUCUGAAUCUUGCCCUGUGCUUUCUGCGAUUGCGCGAGUACUCUCAAACAGUGGAGAACUGCAACAAGGUUAUGGAGCUGGACCCAGUAAAUGAGAAAGCUCUAUAUCGGCGAGGUGAAGCACGUCUGUUGCGCAACGAGUUCAGCAUGGCUCUAAUGGACUUCAAGCAAGUUUUGCAAGUUAACUCCUUUAACCGUGCUGCCCGCAGCCAGAUUGCCAUCUGUCAGCGCAAGAUUCGUGAGCACCAUGAGCGUGACAAGAAGAUUUAUGCAAACAUGUUCCAGAGGUUUGCUGAACACGAUGCUAAGGUGGGCCGAUUAAAAAGGAAAAAGGAAGAGAGUGGAAUUUCAGAUCAGAAUAAGCAGGGACUAAAGAGACCUUGUCUCAGUCAGGACGGCUCCUAAAACUCCAGACACUAUUCAGGAGGCCCAAGCAAGGAGGUCAGGCUGUGGGGAUGGCUGGUCCAUCUUCGAUUGCGUCAUAAAAGAGGCAAUGGAUAGAGAUGUGAAUGAGCCCUCUAUACACCUUGACCUCAGACCUCAUUAUCGCUCGGACUGAAUGCAAAUGCUGGGAUAGAUUUGCAUAAUGGUUUAUAGACGUUGAGGAGCUGCAGACCUAAAUGACAUUCCUACAACGACAAAGACAAACAACAUCAACAAAAACCAAAGCGCACAGUUCUACGACCACCUGUAAACCUGUAUGGUGCACGCCUCGGCUAUCGGAAAGGCAUUCAUCCGCUGCAUUAAUGCAAAAGCAUUAUAGACUUGAAUACAACCUAGUACCUUACCAUUUACUGUACAGUAUUUAGUGUAAUUGCACUGACUUUGUGCAUUAUCAGAUAUCAAGAUCAGAUCAGAGUUCAAGUUUGCAUUGGAGGGGUGUCUACUGGGGGGGCUUGAUGUUUUUUUUGUACUAUAUUUGUAUAAGUGUGUCUGAUAUUUAGAUUCAAGUACCAUAGUGGGUAGCUGGACCUAAAAGUGCAAUCCUCCCUUGGAGAAAAACAUGUUUUGCGGCAGGCCCACAUUCACAAACACACUUUUGAUACUUUUGAGAGACUUGUGCAUGCUUCUUUACUGCAUCCUGGGAGCGUCUUCGAUUUGGGACUGUAUUUUAAAAUAUCUGCAGGUUAGUUUGAACCCGGAUCCCGGUAGAUAUACUUGACUGAAGUUUAAUAGCUAUAUUUUUGAGCUGAAUUUCCAUUACAGUUUAAAGCUCAAAUGCUUUUUAGACAAACCUUUUGACAUGAUAGGAAUAUUUCAAAGAACUGUUCUCUUAAAACCCACUUGUUUAUUUGAUCAAAUACUAACUAGUGUGGUUUGCAUGUUUUUCAGUAUGUUCCCCAUGUUUCAGACAGUUUUAAUAAUAUUAAUAAUAAACUUGUUUGUUAACUUUUUUCUGUUUACAGUUUGAUGCAUUACAGCAAGCCUGUCAAUAAAUAUUCAAACAAA